AUGCCAAAACAGGCCAUAACCACGCGGAUAAAAUCGCACACGCGGCUAACAGACCAGUACCCAUGGGUGGAGGUGGUCCUUAGACUACUCGGUGCGUGUGGGACAACCAUUCUGUUUGGCAUCCGCUUGGUCAUCGCCGAGUUCUUGUUCGGAAUCAUGGCCUGGGCACCAGUGAGAGCCGCUGGGGCGCUGCUGGCGGCGGUGCCCUUGGUCUACACAGGCCGCUCUAACUUUCAGAACCUCAUAAGCUGCAGAAGCACGGCAGAGGCCCUGGUGGAGUUUUCAAAGCUUCUGGGCAUGAGCGGACCGUUCAUCUGGUUUGCCCUUCGCUGUCUUGACUGGGAGCUCGGAGUGCGAGCAAUGAUUGGUGCCCUCUCCUUCAACCUCAUAGUACUGCUGGUGAGAUUGCUUCUGAGCCAGAAAAACAGCAAGAUGCCAGAGAAGGAGGAUAAGAAGAAGAGCACGAAGAAAACGUGA